CAGUGUCAUCCUUCUCUGAUAUGUCUGAUGUCUGAGGCAAGAGCUCUAUGUCACAGAGGAAUAUGAUAUAUAAGACCCUACUUGUUAGUGUUUUUUUUUUUUUCAUGGGGUUUGUUGAUUAUAAGAUCAACAUAGAAUAUCACCAGACACCCUUUAAAUGUACUUGAUGUGACGGUAUAAAUAUGAAGUAAAGUAAGUGUGUGUGUGUUUGUGUGUGUAGCUCGAUGUGUUGGAGGAGGUGGUGAGGGCAGUGCAGGGUCGCUGUGAUGUCUACAUGGACGGAGGAGUGCGGCGAGGGACGGACGUCCUAAAGGCCUUAGCUCUGGGAGCAAAGGCCGUCUUCGUCGGCCGACCAGUGCUGUGGGGCCUCGCCUGUCAGGGGGAACAGGGAGUCAAAGAGAUCCUGGAACUUCUGAAAGAGGAGCUGCGGCUGGCUAUGGCCCUGUCAGGUUGUCGUUCUGUAUCUGAGGUGAGCAGGUCGCUGGUCAGGAGAGUGGAAUUCACCUCCAGGAUGUGAGAGACGAAUCUGCUGCUGGAAUCACAUGACGAUACAUUCUUGAUUGAUCGCUGGACAAUCGUCAAAUUCAUUUACUAAUUAUUGUAUUCAGACUUGUUUGUUAAAAUGUGUUGCUACCACUGGUUCUACUGAAAAUAGCACAUCAUCAAUUCUAAUGUAAGACUGUGGUGUAAUACUGGUCAAAGUCUUGAAG